ACCUCAGAGGAAGACACGCUCUUGUCUCGGACGGACGCCAGAGGCUGCGGCCCGGUGAGAGCAGAGCGCCCGCCCGGGGCCGGGCCGAGGCUCCGAGCUCUCUGUCCCCGGAGUGCGGCAGGGAGAGGAGAGGCAGAGCCACAGGCAGCGGGCGCCGGGAACCGGAGCGGGAGCGCUUUCCGGAACUGGGGCUGCUGGACCCGGCCCCUCCGCGCUGCGCGACGGGCGCGGGGCCAUGGAGUGAAACGUCACCCCGUCCCCGUCCCCGAAGCGACGGCGAAAUGGCCCAAGAAGUCAGCCUGGACGCCCUGCAGGAGCUGGAGCAGGAGGCGGUCCUCCGGGUGCUGCGCCGGGACCGGGCGGUGCAGAGCAUCGAGGAGGAGCGGGUCCGGAAGCUGAAGGCGCACCUGCAGCACCUCCGGUGGAAAGGCGGGAAGAGCCCGGGCCAGGGCCACCAGGAGAAGGCGUGUGCCCACUGCCGGCGGGCGCUGGGGCUGCUGCUGAACCGCGGCGCCGUGUGCCAGGGCUGCAGCCACUGCAUGUGCUCCGGGUGCCGCGUGUUCCUGAGCAGGACCCGCCUCUGGAGGUGCACCGUGUGCUACGAGGGCAGAAACGUGAGGAUAAAAUCCGAAGAAUGGUUCUUUGAGGAACGGGCCAAGAAAUUUCCAACUGAAGGCCGGCGCGAGACCGCCGGGGCUAAGCUCCUGCAAUCUUAUCAGAGGCUGAGCAGCAAAAUUUUACAGGAACUUGGUCAGUUUAAAGGAUUUAAUAAGUCCGUGGAAAAUUUGUUUCUGUCUGUUACCACCCACAUGAAAAAACUCUCCAAGUCCCAGAACGACAUGACCUCGGACAAGCAGCUCCUCAGCACGGGCCCCAGGCCGGGCGCCAGGACGGAGCGGCGCAGCCAGAGUGACACUGCCAUCAACGCCACCACCAGGAAGGUCAGCGCACCCGACAUCCUGAUGCCGCUCAGCCAGGAGAGUCCCAAACGCUCUACCAACCCUGUUUCCAAGCAAGGAGGUCUCUCAGCACCCCCAGCGCCCAGUGCUCCGUUCUCAGGAGGCUCGAGGCGGGUGAGUCUCUGUCUGAUCGCGUGGACACGGGGUGUGGUUGCCGUCAGCACGUGGAACUGGCUUGCUGUGCAGGUGCGUCUCGUACACCCUCUUCCAUGUGUGUGGGAUCUGAUGCUGAUCAUCAAGUUAAAAGUGAACAGUGAGGAUCGGUACGUGAAGACCUACCUGCUGCCUGACAGGUCGGCCCAGGGCAAACGCAAGACGGGCGUCCAGAGGAACACGGUGGACCCGACCUUCCAGGAGACCUUGAAGUACCAGGUGGAGCUCGCCCAGCUGGUGACCCGGCGGCUGCAGGUGUCCGUGUGGCACGUGGGCAUGCUCACCCGGAGGGUGUUCCUUGGAGAAGUGAUCGUCCCUCUGGCCACGUGGGACUUUGAAGACAGCACCACACAGUCCUUGCGCUGGCACCCGCUGCGGGCCAAGUGAUGUCUGGUUGGGACUGGGACCCCCUCCCACCGGAGCGCUUUUCCGAGGGAUCCAAGAAGAGAGGACCCCCCCCCCCGCCAGGAAACCUUGGGCCCAGGUGACUGUGCGCACAGGCCAGGCGGUUAAACAGCAGCGUUCGCCCUGGCCGCGUGCGCAGGUGGUGGGAGCAGCGUCCAGUGCGCCCAGGUUGCAGGUUUGAUUCCCCGUCGGCGCACAUACAAGUCUCAGCCAAUGAGCAUAACUAAGUGGAACAACAAUUCUCUCUCCCUCUUUCUCUCACAUCAAUGCAUUUAAAAUAAAGUAAACAGCAGCU